AUGGAAAGGCCGUCUUCUCGUGAACGGCAAUGGACGAAUCCCGAGAUUGUCGAUCUUCUAGCGGAGAUCAUCAAAGCCGGAACUGUGGCACCAGAAAUCCUCUUCAGAUUCGUCCAAGACAUCGGAAUCCAGCCCAAGUGGGAAGAUAUUCCGCUUCCGCAAGGACGGUCGCUCAACCAAUGCCGACAACUGUUCGAUACUCUUCGUGUGCACAUCCCGUAUAGCGCCCCACCAGGCUUUCCAUCCUCUCCAUACGGUAGCUCCGGUCCUCUCGCUCGUCCAGGAAGUCCUUCACGAAAACGUCCCCUUGCGCCUGAUACCACGGGCCCUCUGCUGCCUCCGCAAGUUACGGGGGGUGGUCGCCCUCUCCAGCCGAAGCCACAACCGCAACCCCAUGCGCCACUUCACUCACAACAUGGGCACCAACUUCAAGCUCUCCCUUCGCCCGACCGCGCCCGCGCUGGCAUCGGGGCUUCCGCCCCGCCGUACGCUCUUUCUCCCGCCCCGCAUUCCGAGGCCUCGGGACAGCAGGGUCGCAAAAAGCGCGGUCGACCGACCAAACUCGAGGCGCAACGUCGCGCAGAAGCCGUCGCGAGGGGCGAGAUACCGCCAGGACAGCCGCGCUCCGCGAAAAAGAUCAUGACGUCACCGCCUUCGGGCACUGACGCUUUGCCGUCUGCGGGUCUGUCACCGGCCCUAGGUGGGAGCAUCGGUGGGGGUCACCUGUCUGCAACCAGCUCUGCGACGAGUCCGCUACCGUCUGCCGAAUUAGGGCAGGAAAGUCCAGCGAUAUUGGAGCGGCAGAGGUUAUCGGAUCUGUUCAGGGAAAGACAGCGCGAACUCGACCGCGAGCAUGAACGGGAUCCAUGGAGAGCAAGUCUAGGAGGUGGGACCGGUGUCGGACUAGGCGCAAGUGCUGGGCCGAGUCUCAUUCCAACCCCAAAUAUACCGCACGAAGGAAACGAGCCGCCCGCUGGAGUUGGGCCGGGACAACGAAUGUCUCAACCUGGUAUGCCGAGUACCGGUGUUGGAGCAUCACCUGCAGGUGCUCAAGGACCAUCUUCGAAAAUAUACAACGAGAAUGGUAAACGCAAUGGGAUGAGCCGAUCGAUCACACCUACACUGUCGCUACUGGAUCGCACCUCGGAUGAGAAGUCACGCAGUGACUCGCUUCGACCCGACGAAAUUAUGUCUAAACGACCUUUAUCCGAGCCACCUACGAACUAUUCCCAAGAACCAAUCAUGACAUUAAUACCGAGCCACGAACACUCCAACGAAUCAUACGGGAGCCUGAAUCCCCGGCGCCCAAUAAUGCAGCACCGUCCAUUUCAUUGGCAACCCCUCCGACGAAUGGCGACGAGACAACACACUACGCCUUCACGAUUCGAUGACGCGGAAACCUCGACCGAUUACGACCCGUAUCAUACUUCUAUCACGCCUAAUUGCCCCCUUCUAGACAGCAACAAUGCCCGACCGGUUCGCGUCGGCGCAUGGGGAAACACAACCUUCUGCCUGGGGCUGGACACGCUUUCGAAUGAAGAAACCACCCCCGCAUACGACCGAUGA